AUGAAGGCGUUGCAGGGUUGCUCUUUUUUACUAAGCGUUGUCUCUCCAGUAGUGGCACAUGGACUACACCACAACCGUGACCAUGGCCAUGGAGUAGAACGUGAGUUCCAGCAAAGCUCUGUAGUUUUGAAGCAAGAAUCUACCUUUCACUUUUUAGUGUGUUUUCUGCAGGACCAUGUAUUUGUCCUGGGACCGCGUUAUAAUGCUUUAGUGGCUAUUUUUAUCAUACAACUCAUGCCAUGUCUUUUUGUGCUGCUGGUUCCCGGGCUACGUAGAAACGAUCCUUCCAGUUUGACACUGUCGAUGCUGGUUUCGUUUUCCUUGGGCACACUGCUGGGCGAUGUUUUGAUACACGUGAUACCUGAAAGUCUGAGUGGUGUGGACGAUGUGACAGUGGUCGGGAGCGCGAUAUUUCUGGGGUUUAUCUGCUUUUUGGCCCUGGAUAAGACGAUGCGAAUUCUGUCAGGGUCCUCCAGCGAUGGCAGUGGCACACAUUCUCACUUGCAUAGCCACAGCGAUCAGCAUCACGACGCAGAGAAGAAAUCAGGCUUUAACGUGUCUGCGUAUUUGAACGUCAUAUCGGGCAUCGCGCACCACAUCACAGAUGGCAUCGCGCUGGCGUCGUCGUUCUACAGUUCCACGCAAGUUGGCAUAGUGACCAGCAUAGCUGUUACCUUCCAUGAGAUCCCUCACGAGCUGGGUGACUUCGCUGUCCUGCUUUCCAGCGGGUUUACCUUCCCACAGGCUAUAAGAACUCAGGCGGUGACAGCAUUCUGUGCCGUCGUUGGCACAGCCAUUGGUUGCUGGAUCAACGAAAUCGGCACCACUAGCCAUGCAAGAACCCCUUCAUCGGCUAGUGCUCCGGGGCUUACGCUGCCGUUCACGGCAGGUGGCCUUAUCUACAUUGCCACUACCGGUGUUGUACCGCAGAUCCUACAAAAUUCCACGUCUCGUAGCCAGUAUCGGGAGUUUAAGCAGUGGAUCCUGCAGCUGGCUUCUAUUUUUAUAGGAUUUGCUGUUAUGGCGCUUAUGGAAGAGCAUUGA